UUCUACCAUUAGCUUUGAAUAAUCUCUCUCUCUCUCUCUCAGCUUUCUUUCAUCUCAAGCUUUUCCAAGAUAUUUUUGCUUUAAUCAUCACCUCCCAAGUCCCCACUAAUUAUAUUUUCUUUCUUGGUUUUUACACACCUUUUAGGCUUUAGUGGUUGAGUUUUGAUUAUGUGUGCAUUAGAAAAGUAAUUUAUAAUCAACACCAAUAGCAAUAUAUCAUCCAAGAUGAGGAUAUCCAAGGCUUCUUCACAAUUUCAAGGUAAUUAUCAUCUAUGGAUUCUUGCAUUUGCCAUUAUUCUAUUAUUGUUUGGUGGGUUCUCAAGAUUUUCUUCUCAAAAUGUGAUUUCUGGGACAAUCCCAAAUUCUGAGUCACCAAAGAGAGUUGUUCCAGUAAAAGGUAAUGGCUACCCUCCUGUUCUUGCAUACUGGAUUUGUGGCACAAAUGGAGAAAGUAAGAGAAUGUUGAGGCUACUGAAGGCAAUUUAUCAUCCAAGAAAUGAGUACUUAUUGGAACUCGACGCGGAUGCAUCGGAACAGGAGAGGGCAGAGCUACUUGUUUCUGUUCAAUCUGAAAAUGUAUUCAGAAGUUUUGGGAAUGUUGAUGUUGUUGGGAGAAGUUCUGGUAUUAAUAAGAUGGGAUCUUCUUCUUUAGCUGCUGCACUUCAUGCUUCUGCUUUGCUUCUCAAGAUUAGUCCACAUUGGGAUUGGUUCAUCAUUCUAGGCACCUCUGACUAUCCCCUCAUAACUCAAGAUGAUCUUCUCCAUGCCUUGACAUUCCUGCCAAGAGAUCUCAACUUCAUUGAUUAUAAUACCGAUAAAACUGCCCGGAACGAGGAGAACAAGAUCAAUCAAAUUGUGAUAGACCCUACUUUGUAUCUUCAAAAGAACAGUCCACUCUUUUAUGCAGUAGAGAAACGACCGACACCGGAUGCUUUUAGCAUCUUUGCAGGUUCUCCAUGGGUGAUUCUUACAAGAGAUUUCGUUGAAUACUGCGUCCACGGAUGGGAUAAUCUUCCAAGGAAACUACUGAUGUAUUUCAGCAAUGUAGAAUACCCUCUUGAAUCCUACUUCCACACAGUCUUAUGCAACACAAUUGAGUACCAAAAUAGAACAAUAAGCAACAACCUGAGGUACGUAAUAGAGGACGGAACUUCCUCGCAAGUCCUAGACAUGUCGCGCUACGAUGAAGUUGUAGCUAAUGGUGCAGCAUUUGCAAGACCAGUAUUACAAGAAGCUAAUGAUGAUCUGCUGAUAAACCAGAUUGACAAGAACAUCCUAAACCGCGCACCCAAUUGCGUCGCGCCUGGAUUAUGGUGCUUAGACCGAGGAAUUAUUAAUAAUGUUACGGAGAAAUUAGAGGAGGAGGAUGAUGAUGAAGAAUUAUGUGCACCAAGGGCCAACAACAUUGAUGCUGUCAAGCCAGGGCAUUAUGGAAUGAAGCUUAGAGGAUACUUUUCUAAGUUAGCUGCUGAAGGGAAAUUGAGAAGUAGUAGGUGUCAUCAUCCAUGACAGAUUGGGAAUUUGAUUACCAUAUAUAUAUAUAUACACAAAUGGUGUAUAUAGAGUUUUGAGAUAAAGAAGAGGUUUGUUAUUCUUGAUGGGCCUUUUUUGAGUUUUGGUAUUGUGGAGAUUGGAAGUAAUAUGGGGCUCAAAAUGUACCCUUUUGGAGCAGUGAAAUGAUUGGCUAUCUGCAUUAUAACAACCUAACCAACAACUUCAAUGAUUAGUGGUUGAUCAAGUGAAGCAAA